UCACCACACCAACACCAUUGAGACCGCGCCAUGGAUAGAGACCAACAAUGGAGGGACAGUCCAUCCAGACAUGAGAAUAAUGGGAGGAACCAUCACUACACCAACACUGUAGAGACUACACCUAAAUAAGAGACCAACAAUGGAGAGAAAGUCCAUCCAGACAGGACAAUAAUGGGAGGAACCAUCACCACAUCUACAUCAUGUACAGAGACAACACCAUCUACACUAUGGAUAGAGACAAACACCAUAUGAGAGAGCCAUGGGACCAACAAUGGAGGGACAAUCCAUGCAGAUAUGGGGAUAAUGAUAGCAACCAUCACCACAUAUACACCAUAGAUAGAGACCACACCGUGUCACAUGGCAGG